GUCAUGGCCAUGGCGCGCGCUUGCACGCGGGCCUUCUCGUGUGGAGCCUUCUUGCUGCGUGUGGGUGGCGCAGCGGAGCGUCUACAAACGUCACGGAGCGUGAAGAGGCAAAAGGAUUUUGUGGAAUUGCUUUCUAAGUGGUGGGUUGUGUGGGAAGAAGGGAGAGGGGCCUGGAGGUUUAGGGCUUUGUAGCAAGGGAGCGAGGUGAGUGAUGGGAGGUCAUGGCGACAGCUCGUUGCACAGCUCGACCAUGGACGCCGUCGCCGGUGCUGUGGCCGGUGGCAUUGCGAGAACCGUCGUGUCCCCCUUGGACGUCAUUAAGAUUCGGUUCCAGAUCCAACUGGAGCCGACAAGUUCAAGGAAUAUUUUUUCUAAAGGGGGAGCCUCCGCAAGCGUGAUGUCGAAAUACACCGGCGUAAUGCAAGCUGCUCAUGUUAUUGUGCGAGAGGAAGGAGUUCGGGGUCUUUGGCGAGGGAACAUUCCAGCACUUCUGUUGCAGAUGCCGUAUACUGCUAUUCAGUUUGUUGUGAAGUCGAACGCUGAUUCUCUGGUCGCAGGUUCCCCACAGGCAGCUCGUCACAAAGGGUUGAUGUCCUUCCUAGGAGGGUCCUUGGCAGGAACUGCUGCCACCAUUGGGUCCUACCCUUUUGACCUUCUUCGCACAGUUCUUGCAAGUCAAGGAGAGCCGAAGGUCUAUCCAAACAUGCGAUCAGUCAUGGUCGAUAUCUACAAACGGAAAGGAGUGACUGGUUUUUAUGCCGGCCUCACACCUACGCUCAUGGAAAUUGUACCAUAUGCUGGCCUUCAAUUUGGUUUUUACGACUCUCUCAGGCGUUGGGCUCUUACUUUAAAUCCCUUGAAGGAAGAUGGUGAGCACACACCUUUGUCUUCCACGCAGAAUUUCUGGUGCGGAUUCGGAGCUGGAUUGUUUGCAAAGUUGUGUUGUCAUCCACUUGAUGUUAUCAAGAAACGAUACCAGGUAGAAGGACUAAUGCGGGACAUACGGUAUGGAGCUAGAAUCGAAGAGAAAGCAUAUAAGGGAGUUGGAGAUGCGAUAAGGAGAAUAUUAGCGGAGGAAGGGUUGAAGGGCCUUUAUAAAGGCACUUUGCCCUCAAUUGUAAAAGCAGCACCUAAUUCAGCCCUUACAUUCUACGUUUACGAAUCUACUAAGCAUUGGUUAACGUCUCGGUCGUGAUAUUGCAUACAUUUUCUUUCAUUGCAAUAAAACUUAGUCUCGAAGCUGUCAGUUCUCACUGCAGCCAUUCUUUGACACAAUUCUCACGUUA